AUGCAGGUCCUGUUCUCGGUGCCCUCCUGCUUCUCGUCCGGCGAGAAGCAGCUGCCGGACGCGCCGGCGUCCGCGGCGCCGGCGACCAGGUCGGGGCAGAGCGCGGUGACGCUGGUGUACCGCGCGGUGAUCUCCGGGCAGAGCCGGCUGGUCACCGUGACGUGGUGUAGGAACCUGCUCGCCCACGGCAUGCAGGUGUCCAUCGAGGGGUCGGCCGGCGGCGGCAAGGACAAGAGCGGCGGCGGCGGGGGCAGGGAGCACGCCAGCGGCGGCGGCAUCGAGGGCGGCGGCGCCAAGAGCUGCAGCGCGUGCAAGGUGGAGAUGCAGCCAUGGCACUUCUGGCGCAAGUACGGGGCCAAGCAGUUCCAGGUGGACGGCCGGCCGGUCGACGUGGUGUGGGACCUGCGGGCCGCGCGGUUCUCCGACGAGCCGGAGCCGGUGUCGGACUACUACGUGGCGGUCGUGUCCGGCGAGGAGGUGGUGCUGCUGCUCGGCAACCAGAACAAGGAGGCGUUCCGGCGGACGGGGGCCCGGCCCUCGCUGUCGCUGGGGGACGCGGCCAUGGUGUGCAAGAAGGAGCACGUGUUCAGCAAGAAGCGGUUCCUGACCCGGGCGAGGUUCCACGAGAAGGGCAAGCUGCACGACAUCAGCAUCGAGUGCAGCAGCGGCAACCUCGGCGGCGGCACGGACGUGGACAUGGCCAUCAAGAUCGACGGCUGCGUCAACGUGCUCGUCAAGCACCUCCAGUGGAAGUUCAGGGGCAACGACUGCAUCUCCAUCAACAAGAUGAAGGUGCAGGUCUACUGGGACGCCCACGACUGGCUCUUCGGCACCGGCAUGCGCCAGGCCCUCUUCAUCUUCAAGCCCCAGGCCCCCUCGCCGUCACCCGACUUCGACGCCGCCAUCGCCGCUGACGAGUUCUCCGAUUUCUGCCUCUUCCUCUACGCAUGGAAGAUCGAAUGA